AUGGCUGGAUUCUACCGCUCCAAGUACAAGCCCACCGUCCCUGCCGCUGCGUCUGUCCCCAGAGACUCCGAAUACCACUACAUGCUGUCCACUCAGUUCGAGUCUUGCGAUGCUCGUAGAGCCUUCCCCUGCUUCGAUGAGCCCAAUCUCAAGGCAACUUUCGACUUCGAGAUUGAGAUCCCAGAGGACCAGACCGCUCUUUCCAACAUGCCCGAGAAGGAAGUCAAGAAGGGCAACAAGUCCGGCACAAAGGUCGUUUCUUUCGACCGCACCCCUGUCAUGAGCACAUACCUCCUAGCCUGGGCUUUCGGUGAUUUUGAGUACAUCGAAGACUUCACCAGACGCAAGUACAACGGCAAGAACCUUCCCGUUAGAGUCUACACUACCAGAGGCCUGAAGGACCAGGGUAAGUUGGCUCUGGAGAGUGCUCACCAGGUCGUCGACUACUUUUCCGAGAUCUUCCGUAUCGAGUAUCCUCUUCCCAAGGUCGACCUUUUGGCCGUUCACGAGUUUGUAUGUUAUCUGAUUCUUGCACAACCACAAACCACGCUGACAAGAAAUUCUAGNUCACACGGUGCCAUGGAGAACUGGGGUCUGAUCACUUACAGGUUUGUUGGCCUCAACGACAUCGCACUUGCACAUCUGACUGAUUCCGUNAGAACCACCGCUGUCCUCUUCGACGAGUCCGCAUCGGACCAAAAGUACAAGAACCGCAUUGUCUACGUUGUUGCUCACGAACUUGCUCACCAGUGGUUCGGAAACCUCGUCACCAUGGAUUGGUGGUCAGAGCUGUGGCUGAACGAGGGUUUCGCUACCUGGGUCGGCUGGUUGGCUGUCGACCACCUCCACCCGGACUGGUCAGUCUGGUCGCAAUUCGUCACCGAGUCUAUGCAAACUGCAUUCAACUUGGAUUCUCUGAGAACUUCUCACCCCAUCGAAGUUCCUGUCAGGAACGCACUUGAAGUCGACCAAAUCUUUGAUUCCAUCAGUUAUCUUAAGGGAAGUUCAGUCAUCCGUAUGUUGGCUUCUCACUUGGGAGUCGAGACUUUCUUGCACGGUGUUGGAGACUACCUUCAGGCCCACAAGUACCAAAACGCUACUACCAGCGAUCUGUGGUCUGCUCUCAGCAAGGCCAGUGGAAAGGAUGUGAACACUUUCAUGGACCCCUGGAUCCGUAAGAUUGGUUUCCCUGUUGUUACCGUAGCCGAAGAGCCCGGUCAGAUCAGCAUCAAGCAGUCUCGCUUCCUCAGUGGUGGAGAUGUCAAGCCCGAGGAGGACGAGACCACCUGGUGGAUUCCUCUUGGUCUCAAGAUUGGCUCAAGCUCAUCAGAGGCCAAGAGCGGAUCUCUNACUACAAAGCAAGAUACUAUCCGUGAGAUUGAUGACAGCUUCUACAAGCUCAACUCUGAACAGACUGGCUUUUACCGCACAAACCUGCCUCCCAAGAGACUCACACAGCUCUCGACUCAGCUUGACAAGCUCUCUCCUCAGGACAAGAUUGGUUUGAUCGGCGAUGCUGCAGCUCUUGCCAUCUCGGGCGAUGCAACCACUGCUGGUGUUCUUUCCUUCCUUGAGGGUUUCACAAAGGAGACCAACUACCUCGUUUGGUCCGAAGUUCUUUCAAGUCUUGGAAACAUCAGAUCUGUCUUCGCAGAUGACGAGCAGGUCUCCGAGGGUCUUCGCCAGUACACUCUGCGUUUAGUCAGCGAGGCUACCGACAAGAUUGGCUGGGACUUUGCUCCUCACGACGACUACCUGACUGGUCAGCUGCGUGCUCUUCUGCUCACUUCUGCUGGUCUGGCAGGGCAUGAGGGCGUUGUUGCUGAGGCCAAGAAGCGUUUCUCCGCUUUCACCGAGGGCGGCGACAAGAAGGCCAUUCACCCCAGUCUGCGCACUGCUACCUUCAAGAUUGCCGUCAAGGAAGGUGGAAAGUCUGCCUACGAUGCUGUCAUGAAGGAGUACCUUAACACAACCUCUGUUGACGGUAAGGAGAUCGCUCUGCAGGCUCUCGGUAGAGUCCAAUCCACUGAGUUGGCCAAGGAGUAUCUCAAGUGGUCUUUCGGUGGUGAUGUCGCCACUCAAGAUCUGCAUACCCCUUCCAGAGCAUUGGCUCUCAACUCGAAGACGAAGCUCGAAGUUUGGCACUUCAUCAAGGAGAACUGGAGCAUGUUGAGAGAGCGUCUCGGCAACAACAUGGUCGUCCUCGAGAGAUACCUCCGCAUGAGUCUGAACAGAUUCUCAAGCUUCGAGGUCGAGAAGGACAUUGCCGACUUCUUCAAGGACAAGGACAAUGCUGGCUACGACCGUGGUCUUGCCGUCGUCAGUGACACAAUCAAGGGCAGAGCCAGAUAUGCACAGCACGAUCUCGAGAUCAUCAGAGAGUGGCUGUCGGCUCAUGGCUACAUGAAGUAG